UGCUUUCUUCCACAUUAUUAUUUCCCUAGAACAGAAACAAUACCUAUUGUUUUUAGCAGUUGCUGGUGGAGUGUUUUUUUGCUGGCUUGCCUUCUUACGAUAUUCAUCCAUCUCUAUCAGCGAGGGUCCCAGUGAAUAUGACAAGGGGUUACCUUGGCACCAGGUACAUGAUCAGGUUGUGCUGAGUGACAGAUUGCAGACCAAGCAAGCCAUGCUUAUGGAACCAGUGAGGACUGACGUGCUGACUGUAACCCCAUGGCUGGCUCCUAUUGUCUGGGAGGGGACCUUUGAUCCCCAGGUCAUAGAUGAGGCCUUCAGGUCCUACAACCUCACCAUUGCCACCACAGUGUUCGCUGUGGGAAAAUACACUUGUUUUCUACGUGACUUCCUAGAAUCAGCAGAGAAGCAUUUCAUGGUGGGGCUGAAUGUGCAGUACUACGUGUUUACUGAUAUGCCAAGUCACGUUCCUAUCAGCGUGACUCUGGGUGUCGGCAGACGGCUCAACGUCGUGAAGGUGCCGAAGUUUGACCGCUGGCAGGAGAUAUCCCUCCGCCGCAUGGAACUCAUCCAGACUGCUAUAGAGGAAUACAUCCACCAGAGGGCGAACUACAUCUUCUGUCUUGACGUAGACAUGAUCUUCCAUGGCCGUGUGGGACCAGAGGCUCUGGGGAAACUGGUGGCUGCUAUACACCCCUGGUUCUACUGGGUACCCCGGAGCCAGUACCCCUAUGAGCGGAGGACAAUCUCCAAAGCCUACAUCCCCCAAGACCAUGGAGACUUCUACUACCAGGCCAACAUAUUUGGAGGAGCAGUGGAGGAUGUUCACAGACUGACCAAGACAUGCAGGGAACACCUGGAGAUGGAUAAGUCUGCUGGAGUGGAGGCUGUUUGGCAGGAGGAGAGUCAUCUGAACUGGUACCUGUUGAAGAACAAGCCCACCAAGCUGCUGUCACCUGAGUAUGUCUGGGAUGACCUUAGAGGACAGGGCGCCAAGGAGAUUAAACUGGUCCGCUUCUCCUCCGUCAUCAAGAACAAGGCAGAGGUCAGGGAGAACCCUUGAGGGGAGAAGAAGAGGAUGUGCUGCAUUCAAGGGGCACCAUUUGGCAACCCAGGGCCAGGUGGUUCUCCCCAGAUCAGGUGGUUCUCCCUGGGACGUUGGCUAGAUGCUGAUCCAGGAGCGUGAGAGUUUACGGCAAAUAAUAUUUGUGUGUUGCUCAAAAACAAACAAAGAUAGAAAGUAAUCACAUACUGCGUAAUCCUUGAGGAAAGAUUUACCAGAAAUUUUGAAGCACAUUUUACUGCACAUUGUAAGUGACUGUGAUUAUAUUUUAAUUUAUUAGUACUAAUUUACAGAAUUAUGAGCUUUCAUUAGUCUUUUAGAGUGUGUAUAAUUAUGUUAUUCUGUUUAUUACUGUAUUUGUCUGCUUUAUUACUGUAUUAUACCGCAUUAUGAGUACUAAUGAAAUGCUGUCUGAUCCAUCAUUCAUUGGCAUUAAAUGAAAGGAACAUGGGUUUUUGUUACUUUCAUUGCAUUAUUGUUUUUCUGUGUUUACAUCAAAAUAUAGUGUACUUUUUUUGCUAGUUCUACUAAAACAAAUGGUAUGUAUUGAAUGUAUUAAAAUUGUCAUGAUGAGACCCAGGCCCUCUACACCACUUGGGAACCCCAGGCCCUCUACACCACUUGGGAACCCCAGUCUCUCUACACCACUUGGGAACCCCAGGCCCUCUACACCACUUGGGAACCCCAGUGCCCUCUACACCACUUGGGAACCCCAGUGCCCUCUACACCACUUGGGAACCCCAGUGCCCUCUACACCACUUGGGAACCCCAGGCCCUCUACACCACUUGGGAACCCCAGUGCCCUCUACAUCUCUUGGGUACCCCAGUGCCCUCUACACCACUUGGGAACCCCAGGCCCUCUACACCACUUGGGAACCCCAGUGCCCUCUACACCACUUGGGAACCCCAGUGCCCUCUACACCACUUGGGAA